CGCGUAAAGACCGGCUGGCUACGUCCCAAAUCAACAGUUGCGUGCAGUGUUGACAUAGUGUGCUGUUUAAUAGUAUUCUGUUUGGGACGUUGCCCUGUGUUCUAGUGAGACGGAUAGGAGGGGCUCGGUAGGCUGUUAACCCUUUGUAUGACCCCCCCUUGAUUCCUGGGCUGUUCUCUGUAAUUGGGACACAUUUCUGCUGAGUGUGGUGCUCUGUUUAUCUUAUUAUUAUUAUUAUUUCCCUGCGCUUAAAUACCCCCUGACAAGCAGAUUUAGGGUUCUGUGAUUCAUGCUCUGGAACUAAUUUAACACAUGGGAAGGAACUUGUGCACUGAGCUUCAUGCUUGAAAGAAAGGAAAUACUUUUGUUGUUUGUUGUAAUUUAAGUUCUGCUGAAAUUUCAAAGAUGUGACUUCAUACUCAUUUGUUUAUUUGUUUGCUCCCUCACUCACUUGUUCACUACAAAAACAGGAAAAAUGAUCUCAUCCCACUGAUGUUAGAGCAAAAAAUGCAAAACCAUGCACUCACAUGUACCUUUCCUAGUUUUUGUACCUUUCCUAGUUUUUGUUGUUUUGAUUUGAUCCCCUUUGCAGUGCACAUGUGUGGGUUUUUUUUGUUUACUAGAUGCACUCUCUGCACAUAUCAUCACCUGCUAUUACAUAAACAUUUUGAAUCCUACACUUUACCUACCAACCAGAACCUUCAUUUAUUAAUCUUUAAAACAUUGUAUUCAGUAGCUACAUUGGAUUGUCCUUUCAUUAAACAUGAAGAAACACAGUGAAGUAGUGAGAGUGUGGAGUGUUAGUCUGGACUUGAAAAGUUAUAUAUAUCUGGAAACUGUAUAUAGUUUCAUGCUGAGAAAGAACUGGGUGAGGUUAUAUCUGGUCUGUAGGAAAGGUCUGCCUUCCAAAAAUGAAGUGGGAAAAGUCCACACUGGAAAAGUCUCCUCAUCUCUUCUGGAGGCGUAUGGACCAAAACCAUAGAAUCUAAAAAUACACCCUUUUCCUCUGUCUGUAACUGUGUGUUUGGAGCUGUUGCUUUGUUGACAUCACUCGUAUUUUAUUUUCCAUAUGUCCCAGCAUGGUCGUUAACUGAACUGUUCUAAUGUAGUUGAUGUUGAACUUGGACAUGGUUGUGCGAUUGGUUCUUGAUUCAUACUGGUUCACAGCUGGAAAGUUCACUCUUCCAUGGUGAACACAAGAGGGAGACAUUUUCUUAAACCCUAAAACCACUUAGUCACAACCUUAUAAAGUUUGGUGUAGAAGUUAGAUGAAAAACAGAUUUAGGGCCAUUCAAGGACACUACUUGUUAUUUAAGUAAAAUGCUUACCAAGAAACCUGGAUCUGCCAGUAGUUUACUUUGCAGUAAUACACCACCACCGGGUUCUCCUUUUUCUUCGUGCCAGGGAAAGCGCCGUUAUGCCAUGUUCUUUUUUUCAUGUGAGCCAUUGGGGAAGUGUGAUGCCCCGGCUUCCAUGUUGCAGAAGCCUUUGGGCAAUUGCUGGCUUUGCUUCACAAUAACAGUGGUAAGGGUGUGGAUCUGACAUCCAGCACACUUCCUGUAUAACAUCAUCUAUCAAAGCAGGAUCAAGAUUUCAUCCUUUAUUUCAUAAUGAAUUUAGCUGUUGGAGCUCAAUCCAAAAUUUGCAUAGAAAAUAACACCAGUAGGUGCCCUUUUGUUUAAAAUUAUGAUGAGACAACUGUGCUUGUUGAACCUCAUAGUCUACCUAACAUAAAUCAGGGUGUUUUAUGGCAGUUUCUGUCAGCGAGAGAGGGAAGAGCAUGUUCUGAUAACAUUCCUGUUUUCAGUAUGAGAUUGUUGGUACAAGUUUUCACACGUACCUUUGGUUUAGUGUGUGAGGAGUGGGUGUCAGUGCUGGUUCACUGUGGUCAGAGAUUAGUUUUGCCUCCAUAUUUUAUCAUGUGUAACAAUCACUUUGUUCCUGAUUAGUCUUUAAGAGUUGCACCUCUGUAGACUAUGAGCUUUCUCUCAUCUUGCAUGCACAACAGGCUUUUUUCCAGAUCCUGCUGUAUUGCGUUCACAGUACAUUUCCAUCCAGAAACUACUCAUCUAUGAUCAUUACUGUUAUACCACAGUGACAUUAAAUGCUUGAUUCUGAUUAAUCAGAAGGUGAUGAUUCAUUUUCUAUAGCAGCAUCUCUGGCAGUAGUUCCAGUUGCAAGGUUUAUAUUGAUAUAUAUUGCACUCGUUCUAAUGAAUUAUCUUUUAUAUAGUAACAACUUACACAGGAUGCGCUACAAAAAUGGAUUUUAAAAAUGUGUGUAAUUGUUGAUAUGGUGAAGUUGUCUGCGAGGAGACAUUUAUUUAGCAUUUUUGGAAGGAGUCUCUAAUCCCAGAACUUUGUAAAAGUCAGAGGAAAAUCAAGACUGUUAAGUUUUUAGACACAGGAAAGUCUUUAGGAUACAGUAAUUUCUUAGUAACUUAACAAGCUGAACUUUUUGCCUUAUUAACAUCGAGAGAGUAAAAAGAGAGGUUUGUGAGGAACGACUGUUUAUAGCUUUCAUAGUGUAAGUGAUAACAGGAACUAACUUGUUUUAAUGUAAACAUUAGAUGUAACAAUAAAUGGAUGAAAAAGCACAAUGGGUCAUGUGACAGUAAUCAACUCUGGCAUGGUAAGAGUAACUCCGCUUUGUGCCAGGCCACGUCACACCACUGCGACUGGUUAUAUUUGUAUAACAUCAGGCCUAUUGUGUUUUAUUCCUUAUGUUUCAAGAUAGUUGGUGCAUUUCUUAUUUUCACUUGCUUCUAAAUUAGUUCAGUUAGUUAUUUGUAACCAUUUUCUGAAUGUAUUUUGGUAGAUAUCUCCUCUCAGCUCUUAUAACACAGUACUAUGUGGUUUGGUAUCACGUAGGCCUCUUGGCUGUCCUGGUUCCAGGCUGCAAUCCUUCAAACAAGACAUCAGACCCCUUUUCACUCAGCUCAAGUCUAAACAAGCUGUGGGACAGAGCGAAAAUGCAAAGAAUCCUCUCCUCAUCUUUUAUUUCAGCAGAGCUGACAUGCUGUAAUGGUCUAGCAGCUAAAGGGAGUCUGUAUAGAGUUACAUCUACAAUGCUGAUCAAAUUUCUAAACCUUGUUUUUAGUUGUUUUUUUUUUUACACUUAUGUUACUGCCAUAGACAAAACUAUGAAUGCACUCUUACAUAUUAGGCAAUUUUUUCACCAAGUACCGAAAUCUUCAUAUUUAUGGACUUGUUAACUUGCAAGUUCUCAGAUCUCAGGGCUGUAAAUGAGUAAAGUACUUAAUACUAUAGAUAAAAAAAAGUUGUAAGUCAAAUGCAAGUGAGUGCAAAUAUUGGCAUCUCAUCUAAUUUCUGGGUAAAAAAAGGGAAAGCGUGCCACUUUUUCACAAUGUAUCAGAUAAGGAGAAUGAUAAGGGGUUAAAAAAAUCCAGAAUAUAUGUAAAAAUUAACAGAAAAAUAAUCUGAAAACAAAAGGAAAAGAAGGAAGUUUAAGCAUUACCCUUGAUGUCUGGCAUAUACAUUUCAAAUCAAUAUAAUAUCUUACGUUAUUCAACUUUUUCUGUUACUUACAAUAAUGAAGGAACAUCUGUGGAACUUAUUGAACAAAGUUUCCUAUUGUCUUGUAAGUAUAAAUUAAAUAUUUUGUCUUUUUUAUUUUGUUCUAAGGGUGUGCUAACUCUUGCAUUCGACUGUAAAUGUUAUGUGCUACAAAUGCCUAAUUUGAGUGCUCAAUAUGCAGUCCUUUUCAAUUACACUUAGAUUAUUAUUCCCAAUAAAUCAGCAAAAACAUUUCUCAAUUCACUUAUAACUCUGCUUAUUUAGAUUUAUGUUUGGAAAAUUUUAAAGCCUGCUGCUUUCACCAAAAACUUGUGUGUUCUGGGUCUAUGAGUGUAUCUAUAAAGUUAUUAUGUAUCUUACCUCAAGAUGUCUUAGAUGUGUGCACACCCUAUGAUAUUACAUAGUUAUAACCCAUAAUUAUAACAUAAUUAUUAUUCUUUGAUGUUGUUCUAUCUGGUUGUGCAUUAGCAUUAAAUAAAAUAAAAUCAGAAAUGCAGACAGAUGUUGCUUUGAAGUUCUGCAUCGUCAUAAUCUGUGGUGUCACAUGGGUGUACACAGGGUCACAUUCUGCACUUCAUAAUGCAGUCUUUCCAGCCACACACAGUGAUGCUGCUUUGUGGAGAUCAGUCUUUCACUAUGUUUUUCACAUCCCUAUGUUUUUAUUGUAGGACUGAUUCAAAUCAUUUCUAUGCCUUUGCGUCACUUUUGUGUUAUAGAGCCAUAGCUCUAUAGGCGAUAUCAGACACUGAGCUGCUUUAUCUGACUCUAAUCUUCCCCCCUAAAUGCUACCAUAUGGCUUUCCAGCCAAAAUUGCUCUAAUGUCAGGGGAAAGUGUGUGAUUUUUUUUUUAAAGCCGUGAGUCAUAUUUCCUUUGGGAAAAGAACAGGCUUUCCCCUGUAUGGGAAUCGAAGACUCUUAUAGUGCCCCCUGUCGAUCAGAUCCAUAACAAGCCUCCUUUAUUGGGCAUGUCCCCCAUCAUUGCUUUCUGUUACAGUAGCUGAUGACUAAGUGAUGCCCUUCUGCUCUUUUAUUCAGUAUGUGGACCAUAUUUGUUUAGGCUACAUGUAUAACUCUGUGUAUACUUGUGUGUAUACUUGUGUACAUUUGUGGUACUUUUGAUGGUCUUCCUCAGUAGUUUGUUCCUAUCAUGAGUGAGAGAACAGAAAUGUGUCUUUUUUAUUCCUUUUGGCUAAUUCAUUAUUUGCAACCUCAACCGUUAUCACAGAUUUGCAACUUCAACCAUUAUGGCUGUUUUUGCACUUUGCUGCUUGCAUAGAGGACGAAGGACUUUUGCCUGAAACGUCUUGUUUCUCUGAAAACUUUGUGUGCUACACCUGAUUUUUUUCCACAUCUACAAUAUUUUUCCUAUAUUUUCCAAAAACAGUAUGUCACAAAGUGUUUUAUUCCACUAAUACCACACCAAUUUGCCAGUAGUUACAUUUUCUGUUAAUUGAAAAGCAACACAUACUUUUUAUCCGUUUAUAGAUAAAUUUAAUGCUGUGGAAUGUCAGUGAAACAUUCCACACUUCAUUAUAGCCACUCUGUUGUUCCCUCCGCCAUCUCUCUUUUUUCACACCCUUAAAGCUAACAAAACAAAAGAAAAAGGCAGCUUGCCUUGUUACUGGGAAACCAGGAAUUACAAAGUCUACUAGAAACUUUUUACUAUAGAAACUGUAGCGUAUGCAAACGAGUGCACUCGUAUAUAAACCUGUGAUUUCCUAUGCAGCACUUUUGUCAGAGCUGCUGAUGCAGACAAUGAAUCAACACUGUCUGACCAAUCAGUACUGUCAACAGCACUGUAGUAUAAUCAGCUUUGAGAAUCGUGUGCUUAUGUCCCAUACUUCCCAUUUAAUCACUUUCAUUUCCCCUAUCUCUGUCAUUGUGGUUUCUUUAUAGCUUCAUAGUUCUGUCCCACUGUUUCAGUCCUGUCCACUCCCAACUCACUGUUUUUGGGGGAUGAGAGAGAGAGAGAGAGAGAGAGAGAGAGAGAGAAGGGCAAGUUGGGGCAAUUUCACAGUGACCCCCACUCUUUUCCAAAAGAGCAGUGAAUGACAGUUUCUGACCUUACUGCCUGAGGCAAGGUAUUUAUUGCAUGGAGGAAGAAUUGAAAGGAGGAGGAGGGAAAGAGGGGAACUGAACAAGAGAGAGGAAAAAGUGAAAAAAGGAGGGAGAAGAGAGAGGUUAAGCAAGAGCACAAAUCACUGACUUGGAACACACCCACCCAACUGCAUGGUGUUUCUCGUCACGCUCAGAUACUCCUAGUUGCCAGUUAGAGUAGAAGUAUUGAAAAGUGUAAAAAAAAAAAAGUUGAAAAGUGUUUAGUAAAAGAGGGAGAAGUGGACAAAAUGGCUCUACAGCAGUGCGUUAGGACGUAUUCAUCUGACAGUAUGGGUAGUGACGUGGUGUUCACAGAGGACAGCUACUACCAGGGGAUGCUCAAGUCCACGGAGGGAAAGAAAGAUGAGCGUGACCGCGUACAGAAAAAGACUUUCACGAAAUGGGUGAACAAGCAUCUUAUGAAGCACUGGAAAGCAGAGGCUCAGAGGCACAUCACAGACCUGUACGAGGAUCUGCGAGAUGGCCACAGCCUCAUUUCCCUGCUGGAGGUGCUUUCAGGAGAAACACUGCCAAGAGAGAAGGGUCGUAUGCGCUUCCACAAGCUACAGAACGUCCAGAUCGCCCUGGACUUCCUCAAACAUAGACAGGUCAAACUGGUGAACAUCAGGAAUGAUGAUAUAGCAGAUGGAAACCCAAAACUGACCCUUGGGCUAAUAUGGACCAUCAUCCUUCACUUCCAGAUCUCAGACAUACAGGUGAAUGGUCAGUCUGAUGACAUGACGGCCAAGGAGAAGCUGCUGCUGUGGGCUCAGCGCAUGGUUGAGGGCUACCACGGCCUGCGCUGUGACAACUUCACCACCAGCUGGAGAGAUGGCAGGCUUUUUAAUGCUAUCAUCAACAAACACAGGCCUAAUCUGAUUGACAUGAGUAAGGUGUACAGACAGACGAACCUGGAGAACCUGGAGCAGGCUUUCAGCAUGGCGGAGAGAGAGCUGGGCGUCACCCGCCUGCUUGAUCCAGAAGAUGUGGAUGUGCCACACCCUGAUGAGAAGUCUAUCAUUACGUAUGUUUCCUCCCUGUAUGAUGUCAUGCCACGAGUUCCUGAUGUACAAGAUGGAGUUCAGGCCAACGAGCAAGAACUACGCUGGCAGGAGUACUACGAGCUGGUCACCAUGCUGCUGCAGUGGAUCAGACACCAUAUCGUUGUGUUUGAGGAGAGCAAGUUCCCCACCAGUUAUGAGGAAAUUGAGGUCCUUUGGCGCCAGUUUCUCAAAUUUAAGGAGACAGAGCUGCCAGCAAAGGAGGCUGACAAGAAUCGCUCUAAGCAUAUUUACAAGGCUUUUGAGGGUGCAGUGCAGGCUGGUCAGGUUAAGGUUCCACCCGGUUACCACCCCAUCGAUGUGGAGAAGGAGUGGGGUCGACUCCAUGCAGCAAUACUUGAGAGAGAGCGACUGCUCAGGAAUGAGUUUGAACGUUUGGAGCGGCUCCAGAGGGUUGUCAGUAAGGUGCAGAUGGAGUCAGGUGUGUGUGAGGAACAGUUGAACCAGGUGGAGACACUGCUGCAGACGGAUGUGCGCUUGCUGGGAGCUGGAAAGCCUGUUCAGCAUGCAGCAGAGAUCGAGACAGACCUGGAUAAGGCUGAGAACAUGAUCCGCUUUCUCUUCAAUGAUGUGCAGUUGCUGAAGGAUGGGCGCCAUCUGCAGGCAGAACAGAUGUACAGGCGGGUGUACCGUCUCCACGAGCGUUUGGUAAACCUGCGCAGUGAGUACAACCUGCGUGUGAAGUCUGGUGUGACAGUGUCUCAGGUACCCCUCACGCAGGUGUCCAUGUCUCCAAGCCUGCAGCAGUCCCCUCAGCGUGCACGACCUGAGCUAGAUGAAGUCACGCUCCGCUACAUCCAGGACUUGCUGGCCUGGGUGGAGGAGAACCAGAGACGCAUGGACAGUUCAGAGUGGGGAGCAGACCUGCCCUCUGUCGAGUCACAGCUGGGCAGCCAUCGCGGACUACAUCAGUCUAUUGAGGACUUCAAAUCUAAGAUUGACCGUGCUCGGGCAGAUGAGAAUCAGUUAACCCCUGCCAGUAAACAAGCAUACAGAGAUUACCUGGCCAAGCUGGACUUGCAGUACAACAAACUUCUGAAUGCCUCAAAGGCCCGGUUGCGCAAUCUGACCGGACUACAUGCUUUUGUUGUAGCUGCUACUAAAGAGCUAAUGUGGUUAAAUGAGAAAGAGGAGGAAGAGGUGAACUAUGACUGGAGUGACCGCAAUACCAACAUGACCGCCAAAAAGGAUAACUACUCGGGUCUGAUGCGGGAUCUGGAGCAGAGGGAGAAAAGAGUGAACACAGUUCAAGCAACUGGAGACAAACUGUUGAAGGAAGGCCAUCCAGCUCGGAGCACUAUAGAGGCCUUCACUGCAGCUCUGCAGACCCAGUGGAGUUGGUUACUGCAGCUGUGCUGCUGCAUUGAGACUCACCUCAAAGAGAACACUGCCUACUUCCAGUUCUUUGCAGAUGUGAAAGAGGCAGAGGAGAAGAUGAAGAAGAUUCAGGAGACAAUGAAGAAGAAAUAUAUUUGUGACCGCUCCAUUACUGUCACACGUCUGGAGGAUCUUCUGCAGGACGCUGCGGAUGAAAAGGAACAUCUUGCGGAGUUUAAGACUCAUCUGGAUGGCAUAAACAGGAGAGCCAAGAAUAUCAUCCAGCUGAAACCCAGAAAUCCUGCCACCCCAGUCAAAGGCAAACUGCCCAUUCAGGCUGUGUGUGAUUUCAAACAAAUGGAGAUCACAGUACACAGGGGAGAUGAGUGUGUGCUGUUGAACAACUCACAGCCCUUUAAGUGGAAGGUGAGGAGUUCGAGUGGAAAUGAAGCCACAGUGCCAUCCAUCUGCUUCAUCAUCCCACCUACCAACAAGGAAGCUGUGGAAAGCAGCUCUGGUCUGGAUGCAAAUCUGCAGAAGCUGAUGAUCCUCUGGCAGAAGUUGCAUGUGGACAUUAAGAGUCUGUUGUCCUGGCAGUAUCUCAUGAGAGACAUUCAGUUCAUCAAUUCAUGGAACUUCAUCAUGUUCAAGACUUUGAAGGUGGAGGAGUACCGUCUGACUCUGAAGAACUUGGAGCAGCACUAUCAGAUCUUCAUGCGUGACAGCCAGGACUCUGAGUUCUUUGGUGCAGAUGAGCGUAUGCAGGCUGAAAGCGCUUAUAACAACGCCACACAGCACUAUGACAACCUACUGCGAUCCAUAGAGCAAGAACCUCUCUCCACUUCCAAAGCCAAAGUUGCUGGAGAGCAGGAUGAGUCUGUGUGUAAGAGCUACAUCACUCAAAUAAAGGACCUAAGGCUGAGACUUGAGGGAUGCGAGUCGCGCAUGGUCAGUCGCCUCAGGCAGCCGGUAGACAAAGAGCCCCUGAAAGCCUGUGCCCAGAGGACCACUGAGCACAAGAAAGUGCAAUCUGAGUUGGAAGGCAUAAAGAAAGACCUAGAUGCAGUGGUUAAGCAGAGUGAGGCUGCACUGGCUUCUUCUCAGCAGUCCACCUCGGCACCUGUCCUACGUUCAGAGCUAGACAUCACCCUGAAGAAGAUGGCAGAUGUUUACAGUCUCUCCUCUGUCUACCUGGACAAGCUAAAGACCAUUGACUUGGUAAUACGCAGCACACAAGGGGCUGAAGAUGUUCUCAGAAAGUAUGAGAACCAGCUUCGUGAUGUCCACAAAGUGCCUGCGAAUGAGAAAGAGCUGGAGUCCAACCACACACAGCUAAAGAAACUGUGCUCAGAUGCGGAGUCGGAUAAGCCAGUGUUUGACCGUCUGGAGGCUGAGCUUCAAGACGCUGUGGCGGUAAAUGAGCGAAUGUCUCGUGUACACAGUGAGUGGGAUGCUGAGCUGGAUCACUAUGUGCAGUUGGUAGCAAGCCUAAAAGAGCGCUGGCAGGCUGUGUUUGCCCAGUUCAAGCUGCGCCAGCGGGAACUGGACCUACUGGGUAGGCAGAUGCAGAACUACAGACAGAGCUAUGACUGGCUCAUUCAGUGGAUUACAGAUGCCAAGCAAAGGCAAGAAAAGAUCCAGGCCAUGCCCAUCAGCGAUAGCAAAGCUCUUAAAGAACAAUUGGUCCAGGAGAAGAAACUCCUUGAGGAGAUUGAAAACAACAAAGAAAAAGUGGAUGAAUGUCAGAAAUUUGCUAAGGCCUACAUUGAUACGGUAAAGGAUCAUGAACUUCAGCUGGUAACAUAUAGAGCAUUGGUGGAGCCUAUUGCCUCACCACUGAAAAAACUCAAGGUGGAGUCUGCAUCAGACAGCAUUAUCCAAGAGUAUGUGACUCUCAGAACACGCUACAGUGAGCUGUUGACUCUGGCGAGCCAAUAUAUUAAGUUUAUAAUAGAUACCCAACGGCGCCUAGAGGAUGAAGAGAAAGCUACAGAAAAACUUAAAGAAGAAGAAAGGAAAAAGAUGGCCGAAAUGCAGGCCGAGUUAGAAAAACAGAGACAGUUAGCAGAAUCUCAUGCAAAGGCCAUUACCAAAGCAGAGCAAGAGGCUGAUGACUUGAAGCUAAAAAUGAAAGAGGAGGUUAGCAAAAGACAAGUCUUUGCAGUUGAUGCUGAAAAACAGAAGCAAAACAUCCAGCAGGAACUGCAAGAACUCAGAAACCUCUCAGACCAAGAGAUUAAGGCUAAAAGCCAUCAAGUGGAAGAGGUCCUGCAAAGCCGAACCAAGAUUGAGGAGGAGAUCCGCAUAAUCCGACUUCAGCUGGAGACAACCGUGAAACAGAAAUCAACAGCUGAAGCUGAACUUCAGCAGCUCAGGGAUAAAGCAUCAGAGGCUGACAGACUUAGGAAGGCUGCCCAGGAAGAAGCAGAAAAGCUAAGGAAACAAGUGAACGAAGAGACACAGAAAAAACGGAAGGCAGAGGAAGAGCUAAAACAAAGAACAGAUGCAGAGAAGGAAGCUGCAAAGCAGAAACAAAAAGCCAUGGAGGAUCUUGAAAAGUUCAAGCAGCAAGCAGAGGAGGCAGAGAGGCGCAUGAAGCAGGCUGAACUGGAAAAGGAGAGGCAGAUAAAAGUGGCAGAAGAGGUGGCACAGAAGAGUGCUGCCACAGAGCUACAGAGUAAGCGCCUUUCCUUUGCCGAAAAAACAACAAAAUUGGAGGAGUCACUAAAACAAGAGCAAUGCACUGUUAUCCAACUGCAAGAGGAGGCAGAGCGUUUAAAAAAGCAACAAGCUGAAGCUGAUAAAGCAAGAGAAGAAGCUGAGAAGGAAUUGGAAAUAUGGAGACAGAAAGCCAACGAAGCUCUCCGUCUAAGGCUCCAGGCUGAGGAGGAAGCCCAUAAGAAGAGCACUGCACAAGAAGAGGCUGAGAAACAGAAAGAGGAAGCAAAGCAAGAGGCAAAGAAGAGAGCCAAAGCUGAGGAGGUUGCUCUGAAACAGAAGGAGUUUGCAGAGAAGGAGCUUGAAAAACAAAGAAAAGAAGCUGAAGAAACUGCUCAACAAAAGCUCUCAGCAGAACAGGAACUUAUACGCUUAAAAAUGGAUUUCGAUCUUGCUGAGCAGCAAAGGACUCUACUGGAUGAUGAACUGCAGCGACUGAAAAAUGAAGUGAACACAGCUGUAAAACAGAGGCAACAGCUAGAGGAUGAGCUUUCCAAAGUAAGAAAGGAGAUGGAAAUUCUCAUACAGCUUAAAGCCAAAGCUGAAAGAGAGUCCAUGUCAAACACUGAAAAGAGCAAGCAACUCCUUGAAUCUGAGGCAGGCAAAAUGAGGGAACUUGCUGAGGAGGCCACUAAACUGAGAUUAGUUGCUGAGGAAGCAAAGAAACAAAGGCAGCUAGCAGAAGAUGAAGCAGCCCAACAGAGAGCAGAGGCUGCAAAGAUUCUCAAAGAAAAGUUGGCUGCCAUCGAUGAAGCAACUCGUGUGAAAACUGAGGUUGAGAUUGCUUUAAAAGAGAAGGACGCCGAAAAUGACCGUCUGAAAAGAAAGGCUGAGGAGGAAGCUUAUCAAAGGAAGGUCCUAGAAGACCAAGCAGCUCAACAUAAGCAAAAUAUUGAAGAAAAGAUCAACCAGUUAAAGACAUCCUCUGAUGCUGAAUUAGGCAGACAGAAGGAAAUUGUCGAAGAAAUCUUAAAGCAAAAGAAAGUGGUUGAAGAAGAGAUUUAUAUUUUGAAACUCAACUUUGAAAAGGCAUCGACUGGAAAGCAAGACCUUGAACUUGAGCUGAAGAAACUAAAGAGCAUCUCAGACGAGACUCAGAAAAGUAAAGUAAAAGUAGAAGAGGAGGCAGAGAAAUUUAGGAAUCUUGCACUAGAGGAGGAGACAAAGAGGAAAGAGGCAGAAGAGAAAGUAAAAAAGAUUUCAGCUGCUGAGGAAGAGGCAGCGAGACAGUGCCUGGCUGCUCAACAAGAAGCUGAGCGUCUUAAAAAGAAAGCUAAAGAGGUCAAACAGCAGAAGGAUAAUGCUGAUGGGGAAGUUGCAAAACAGAUCCUUUUAGCUAAAGAGGCUGAACUAAGGUGUAUUGCUGCUGAGCAGAAAGCUCAGAAUGUCCUUGUCCAACAGAAGGAGGACAGCCUUGCUCAAACUAAGCUAAAGGAAGAGUAUGAGAAGGCAAAGAAAUUAGCAGAGAAUGCAGUAAAGGCCAAAGAAAGUGUUGAAAAAGAGGCUGCUCUAUUUCGGCAAAAAGCAGAUGAGGCAGAGUGCCAGAAGCAAGCCGCUGAAGAAGAGGCAGCUAAACAGGCCAAAGCUCAGGAAGAUGCUGAAAAACUGAGAAUAGAAGCUGAAACAGAAGCUUCCAAACGUGCUAAAGCAGAAAAAGAUGCAUUAAAACAGAAACAGCAAGCUGAGGCAGAGAUGGCCAAGCAUAAACAACUUGCUGAGACAACCCUGAAGCAGAAAUCUCAGGUUGAGCAAGAGUUAGAGAAAGUAAAACUGCAACUCGAUGAGACAGACAAACAGAAAUCUCUCUUGGAUGAUGAACUGAAAAGACUUAAGGAUGAGGUCAGUGAUGCUAUCAAACAGAAAGCACAGGUGGAAGACGAGCUCGCUAAAAUCAGAAGUCAGAUGGAGGAAUUAGUCAGAUUGAAGGUCAAAAUUGAGGCAGAAAAUCAGCAACUUAUGAAAAAAGAUAAGGAGAGCACAAAGAAAUUACUUGAGGAAGAGGCAGAGAAUAUGAAAAAGCUGGCUGAAGAGGCUGCACGGCUCAGUGUUGAUGCACAAGAAGCUUCAAGACUAAGACAAAUCGCAGAGUCCGACCUUGCUCAACAGAGAGAAAUAGCUGACAAAAUGCUCAAGGAGAAGAUGUUAGCCAUUCAGGAAGCAAACAAGCUGAAGUCUGAGGCUGAGAAUCUCCAGAAACAAAAAGACAAGGCUCAAGAAGAGGCCCAAAAACUGCUAGAGGCCAAAAAGAAGAUGGAACAGCGUUUAGAGCAAGAGACUGUGGGCUUCCAGAAAUCCUUAGAGGCAGAACGCAAGAAACAGCAAGAAGUAACCGCUGAGGCCGAGACACUAAAACUCAGGGUAAUUGACCUAAGCAAUGCACAGUUGAAAGCAGAGGAAGAAGCUAAUAAAUUCAAGAAACAGGCAGAAGACAUUAGAGCUCGUUUGAUUGAGACUGAAAGACAAACUUCAGAAAAAGUCACUAUUGUUGAGAAAUUGGAAGUGGAGAGGUUGGUGAGCACCAAAGAGGCAGAUGAUCUGCGUAAAGCUAUUGCUGAGCUUGAAAGAGAAAAGGAGAAACUGAAAGAAGAGGCAACUGAUUUACAAAAUAAAGCAAAAGAGAUGGCCAACGCACAGCAAGAGCAAAUACAACAAGCAAAGACAGCCCUUCAGCAGACAUUCCUUACAGAGAAAGAAAUCCUGCUGAAAAAGGAAAAAACAAUAGAGGCAGAGAAAAUGAAGCUGGAGAAACAACUUGAGGAUGAAGUGAAGAAAGCCAAAACCCUUCAAGAUGAACAGGAAAGUCAGAGAAUGCAGAUGGAAGAGGAGAGAAAGAAACUUCAGGCUAUUCUGGAAACUGCAGUCAAGAAACAGAAAGAUGCAGAAGAAGAGAUGCUCAAUAAGCAAAAAGAGAUGGAGAAGCUAGAGAAGAUAAAACAAGAACAAGAAAAAGUCAUGGAUGAGGAAAACAAGAAAUUACGUGAAAAGCUUCAGCAGCUACAGGCACAGAAACCCACAACAUCCCAAACAAAAGAAAUUGACAUCCAAACUGAUAGCAUGCCUGAAAAUGAAAUAGUUACAGCAACAGUGCAGGAAACAACAAAGAAGGUCUUUAAUGGUUCUACAGAAGUUGAUGGAGUAAAGGCAAAUGAAGUUUCACCACUGGCAUUUGAUGGAAUUCGGGAGAAAGUGCCUGCAAGCAGGCUUAAUGAAAUUGGUGUACUAAACAAAAAAGAAUUUGACAAACUUAAGAAAGGCAAAACAACUGUGCAAGACCUUACUAAGCUAGACAAAGUCAAGAUGUGCCUGAAAGGCAAGGAUUGCAUUGGUGGUGUAAUAGUAGAACCCAAGCAGAAAAUGGGAAUCUAUCAAGCUUUGAAAGAGAAGAAAAUUUCACCAAGCACAGCUAUGAUGCUUCUUGAAGCUCAGGCUGCAUCUGGAUUUAUUAUUGAUCCCAUUAAGAACAGAAGGCUUUCUGUCAAUGAGGCAGUAAAGGAAUCCAUUAUUGGACCUGAACUGCACACUGCAUUGUUGUCUGCUGAAAGGGCUGCAACUGGUUUCAAAGAUCCUUUCACUGGACAUAAGAUCUCAUUAUUUGAAGCCAUGAAAAAGGGUCUGGUCACAGAGGAGCAAGCCACUAAACUUCUGGAUGUUCAAAUUGCCACUGGUGGUAUAAUAGACCCGGUAAACAGUCAUCGUGUGUCAGUCCAAACUGCAUGUAAACAAGGUCAAUUGGAUGAAGAACUUAACAAAGUCUUGUCCAAUCCUCCUGAUGAUAGAAAAGGAUUUAGUGAUCCCAACACUCAAGAGAGUCUCAGUUAUCAUCAACUGCUAGAAAGAUGUAAAACAGAUCCAGAAACAGGGCUUCCAUUUCUAACUGUUACAGAAACAGCAUUACCUACUGAAAGGACAUACACAGACGAUGAGACUAAAGAUGCAUUCAGUAAAACAAAUAUAUCAGUGCUAUUUGGAAGAUUUAAGGGGAAGACAGUGACCAUCUGGGAAGUGAUAAAUUCUGAGUACUUUAGCGAAGAUCAAAGGAAAGAUCUAAUUCGUCAGUAUAAAUCAGGGAAAAUUACUGUAGAGAAAAUCAUAAGGAUUGUAAUCACUGUUGUAGAAGACAAAGAGAAAAAGAAGGAAUUAGCCUUUGAUGGUUUAAGAUCAACUGUCUCUGCAUCUGAGCUCCUGGAUUCAAAGAUCAUUAACAAAGAUUUAUAUAACGAGUUGCAUAAUGGCAAAACUACUAUUGAAGAGGUGUCUCAGAUGGAUUCUGUCAAAAAAGCAUUAAAGGGAACAAGCAGUAUUGCUGGAGUGUUUAUUGAGUCAACUAAGGAGAAAGUACCAAUAUAUGAAGCCAUGAAGAAGAACAUGCUUGAAGUAGAACUGGCACUCCACCUCCUAGAAGCCCAAGCUGGAACAGGUUUCAUAAUUGACCCAGUAAAAAACCAGAAGCUCACAGUUGAUGAAGCUGUGAAAUCUGGCAUUGUUGGCCCAGAGUUGCAUGAGAAAUUGCUGUCAGCAGAAAGGGCAGUGAAUGGGUACAAGGAUCCAUAUACGGGGAAGACUGCAUCUCUAUUUGAGGCAAUGCAAAAAGAUCUCAUCAACAAAGAUCAGGGUACAAGGCUGCUGCAGGCCCAAAUUGGAACUGGAGGAAUCAUUGACCCAGUGAAAAGUUACCGGAUUCCACAGGAUAUUGCUUAUAAGCGUGGGUAUUUCAGUGAGGAAAUGAACAAGUGCAUAAGUAGCCUAUCUGAUGAUAAUAAAGUUUUCAUUGACCCAAACACAAAGGAGAAUGUUUCUUAUGCACAGCUGCAGAAAAGUUGCAUUACUGACAAAGAGACAGGUCUCCCAUUGCUUCCACUUUCAGAAAAAGCUGUUAAGUCCACAGAAUCAGAACUGCCCUUCAAUGUUCAGUCCAAAGAAGUUUUAAACAAGGCAACAAUGGAGUUACACAGUGGACCCUUUAAAGGAAGAAGAGUCACCAUUUGGGAGAUUAUCAACUCUGAAUAUAUAACAGAAGAACAAAGGAUUGAGAUAAUACGUCAGUAUAGAUCAGGAAAAGUUACAAUUGAAAAGAUCAUUAGCAUUGUGAUCACACUGGUUGAUGAAAAUGAGAUGAAAAAGCAGCAGGAUACCUUCACUGGUCUCAGACAACCUGUUAGUGCCACGUCCCUGUUUGAGUCUAAAAUUAUUGACAAAACAACCUAUGAUCAGCUCCAACAAGGUCAAAAGAAGCCUAAAGAGAUUAGUGAUAUUGAAUCAGUCAAGAGGUACUUGCAAGGAUCAGAGAGCAUUGCUGGAGUAGUCAAUGAAAAAUCUAAAGAGAAGCUCAGCAUUUAUCAGGCAAUGAAACAAAAAUUACUAACGCUAAAUACAGGCCUUUCCCUGUUGGAAGCACAAGCAGCAAGUGGGUUUAUUGUUGAUCCAAUCAGGAAUCUGAGGUUUACAGUGGACGAUGCUGUAAAAGCUGGCCUUGUUGGUCCUGAGCUUCAUGAAAAGCUCCAAUUGGCAGAGAAGGCUGUAACUGGUUAUAAAGAUCCAUACACUGGUCACAAGAUUUCCCUUUUCCAGGCCAUGCAAAAAGAGCUUGUUCUUAGAGAGCAUGCCAUACCUCUUCUUGAAGUUCAAGAGGCCACUGGAGGAAUAAUUGAUCCAGUGAAUAGUCACUAUAUCCCCACUGACGUAGCCAUUCAGCGAGGUUACCUAAGCAAACAAAUGGCCAAGUCCUUCAAAGACCCUUCAGAUGAUAUCAAGGGUUUUACUGAUCCUAACAAAGAUGAGAGUGUCACUUACAAACAACUGAUAAAAAGGUGCACAAAAGAUCCUGACUUUGGGUUUUUCCUUUUACCACUUUCUAAGGCUGAAGUCCCAAAAGAAGCUGAGAAGUCAUAUGUUUACACUGAAGAACAAGCACAAACAGACUUGGCUAGCACUCAAAUAGCUAUACCUCACAAAGGUUUUGCAGGAAAACAAAUGACCUUAUGGGAUGUUAUGGCAUCAGACAUGCUUCCUGAAGAGGACAAACAAAGACUUAUUGAACAGUACCGGUCAGGAAAAAUCACAAAAGAGAGAAUGAUUAUCAUUAUCAUUGAAAUCAUUGAGCAAAGAGAAGUCAUUAAAACUGAACAGACUAUGCUAUGUGAUAUAAUUCGACGCAGAGUUACAAUUGAAGAGUUAUAUAGCUCUCGUAUAAUUGACCUUGAAACUUACAAUCUGUUGAAACAAGGCAAGAAAACCAUCCGAGAGGUUAUGGAAAUGCCAACUGUUAAGAAGUAUCUCUUUGGCACAGGCAGCAUUGCUGGGGUCCUCUCCAACAACUCUGCUAAAGUAAGUAUUUACCAGGCCAUGAAAAGAGGCAUAAUCAAGCCUGAUAUUGCCAUUGAUUUGCUGGAGGCACAAGCAGCUACAGGAUUUAUCACUGACCCAGUAAGAUACGAGUUGCUAACAGUUGAUGAGGCUAUCCGCAAGGGUCUUGUUGGCCCAGAACUCCAUGAUAAACUUUUGUCUGCAGAAAGGGCAGUCACGGGGUACAAAGACCCAUACAGUGGGAAAAUCAUUUCUCUAUAUCAGGCUAUGAAAAAGGGUCUGGUUCCUGAGGAGUAUGCAUUAAAGAUCCUAGAAGCUCAGAUUGCAACUGGUGGCCUAAUGGAUCAUGAAUACAAUUUCCACCUUCCAAAUGAUGUUGCAAUGCAACGAGGAUAUAUCAACAAAGAAACAAGCGAGAGACUAUCUAGUGGAGAUGUCAAAGGGUUUACCGAUCCAACCACAGAUGAAAAAGUAUCUUAUGCAAACCUCCUCAAGAGAUGCAAAGUUGACAAAGAAAGUGGCAUGCAUUUGCUGUCACUUGCAGACAAGAAACUGCUAGUAAAGGGUCUUCGAAAGCAAAUUACCUUGGACGAAUUACUGUGCUCUCAAAUUAUCGAUCAGAAGACCUACACAGAGCUCACAGAAGGCCUCAUUUCUGUAGAAGAUAUCAGCAAAGACUUGAAGAAAUACCUUGAGGGUACAAGUUGUAUUGCAGGUGUGUAUGUAGAGGCUACUAAAGAGCGACUGUCAAUCUACCAAGCCAUGAAGAAGAACAUGAUCAGGCCAGGCACUGCCUUUGAGCUGCUAGAGGCUCAAGCAGCGACUGGAUAUGUGAUUGAUCCAAUCAAAAAUCUAAAACUGACAGUCAAUGAGGCUGUAAAAAUGGGAGUGGUUGGCCCAGAGUUUAAGGACAAGCUUCUCUCUGCUGAACGAGCUGUGACUGGAUACAAUGACCCAUACUCUGGUAAGGUAAUUUCCCUAUUUCAGGCCAUGAAGAAAGGCCUGAUCCUUAAAGAUCAUGGUAUUCGUCUUUUGGAGGCUCAAAUUGCAACAGGUGGAAUCAUUGAUCCUGAGGAAAGUCACCGCCUUCCUGUGGAAAUGGCAUACAAGCGUGGCCUUUUUGAUGAGGAGAUGAACAGUAUUCUAACUGACCCAUCUGAUGAUACUAAAGGUUUCUUUGAUCCAAACACAGAGGAGAAUCUGACUUACCUUCAGCUGAUGGAACGAUGCAUGACUGACCCUGAAACUGGACUUGCUCUCUUAAUGCUGAAGGAGAAGAAGCGGGAAAGAAAGACAUCUUCUAAGUCAUCAGUACGCAAACGCAGAGUGGUGAUUGUAGAUCCAGAAACAGGAAAAGAAAUGUCUGUUUAUGAGGCAUACCGCAAAGGUCUCAUUGAUCAUCAGACAUAUAUGGAGCUUGCAGAACAAGAAUGUGAAUGGGAAGAAAUUACCACUUCAUCAGCAGAUGGUGUUAAGUCUAUGAUAAUUGACAGAAGGUCUGGACGUCAGUAUGACAUUGAUGAUGCCAUCACCAAAGGACUCAUAGACCAGUCUGCUUUGGACCAGUAUCGUGCAGGCACCCUGUCCAUCACUGAAUUUGCAGACAUGUUGUCUGGAAAUAUGAGUGGCUUUAGAUCACGUUCAUCUUCCUUUGGGUCCACCUCAUCAUAUCCCAUGAGCCCAGUUCCAUCUAUCAAAACCCCAGCAACAACAUGGACUGACCCAACAGAGGAAACAGGUCCAGUUGCUGGGAUAUUAGACACAGAUACUCUAGAGAAGGUAUCAGUCACAGAGGCCAUGCAUCGAAAUCUAGUUGAUAACAUUACUGGUCAAAGACUGCUUGAGGCACAAGCCUGUACAGGUGGUAUCAUUGACCCAAAUACUGGAGAGAAGUUCACUGUUGCAGAUGCAAUGAACAAAGGGCUGGUAGACAAGAUAAUGGUAGAUCGCAUCAACUUAGCUCAGAAGGCCUUCCAAGGAUUUGAAGAUCCAAGAACCAAAACUAAAAUGUCAGCUGCUCAGGCCUUAAAAAAGGGUUGGCUGUAUUAUGAAGCUGGCCAACGUUUUCUUGAAGUCCAGUAUCUGACAGGAGGACUAAUUGAACCUGAUGUUGCAGGCAGAGUAUCACUGGAUGAGGCCGUAAAGAAGGGUACCCUCGAUGCACGCACUGCUCAGAAACUGCGAGAUGUCAGUGGGUACUCCAAAUACCUCACUUGUCCCAAAACAAAGCUGAAAAUAUCUUAUAAAGAUGCCAUUGAAAGAAGCAUGAUUGAGGAGGGCUCUGGUUUACGUUUACUGGAGGCAUCAUCCCAGUCUACUAAGGGUCUGUAUAGCCCUUACAAUAUCAGUGGCUCUGGAUCAGCCUCAGGGUCUAGGUCUGGCUCCAGAACCGGUUCAAGGUCUGGCUCUAGACGAGGGAGCUUCGAUGCUACAGGAUCUGGUUUUUCCAUGAAUUUCUCCACAUCUUCCUAUGGCUCUCCAAGCUAUGGACGACGAUACAGUUCAGGGGUGCACAGUGCACUGAAUAUGGACAAACUAAAACAGGCUCUAACAGCAUUAACGCUCAGCAGAAACUGUUGCUCUGAAGACAAGAGAAUGUUGCCACUAUCGCAAACACAGUGCUCUUUAAUUGCUUAAUUCAUUUAAAAAUAUUCAUUCUGCUCUGCAUGUGGUUACUAUGGGGCUGGGGAACUAUUGCAAUAUCCUGCUGGCUUUCUUUUCAUAUUAGAUUUUUGGUUUAUUUGUAAUAUGUAAUAUUUUUGAUAAUUAUUCCAUAAUAUCAAUGUUGAAAUUCUGUUUUCCUUUUUCCUUAGAAUAACUAGAAAGUCCAAUGGAAUCUUGUUUUUUGAUAUUACAUUCACAGUGUUAGUGUCUCUGCUCUUGUAUAUUUCUUUUUUAUUGAGUCCACUGAACGGCAUAUUGUCAAAACUAAAUUUAACAUUUCUUUUGUAUGUAAAAAGAGCAUUAUAUAACAUGCAUUUAUUAACCUGGAAUCCUGUUAAACAGAAGAGCUUGUAACCAUCUACAGAGCAGAAUAAGAGGAAUUUCACUAAAAGAGCACACAGGAAAACAAACAAACAAAAAAUGCUUUGGAAACACACUUUGGCAGAACAGAAUUAAUAUUUCAAGAGAUUCCUUUCACCCAAGUUUAUACAUGGAAUGGAACAACAAUUAUGUCUUUGGAUCUCUGCAGUCUUUCAAAACAUAAUGGCUCCUGUCAUUGAUCCCACAACAAGUUCUAGGAGCAGCAGACUUCAGAAAUAACAAACUGCAGAAGAUGGCACUGAAACACGACAGAUCAGAAGAUGCCAUUCCUAUCCGUACCAGGUUUUCAUGUGUUACUUUUACAUCUCCCAAUUCAAAGAGGAAUUUAGUUAUGCCUUGACCUCAACAGAUGUCUGCAUAUAUAAUAAUAUUUCUCUUACUGAAAAGGAGAUGUGUCUAUUCUACAUUGAAACCCUGCCACCACUUUUAUACUGCAGAGAUGAAGUGUCUUCCACUGCCCACCGAAGUGAAUCUUUGGAUUAGAUUGCUCCGAUCAAAAGAACCACGAAAAGAUGCCACUUGACUGACCAACAUACAUGUUCUGCUACCUUAAUUUGUUGUAAUAAUAAUAAUAAUAAUAAUAAUAAUAAUUAUUAUUAUUAUUAUUAUUAUUAUUAUUAUUAUUAUUAUUAGCCUCUUUGUAUUAUGUUAAAAAAAAAUUAAUGCCGCUAAAUCUAUAGACCCCUAUAUGGGUCUAAUCUAUGUUUUAACACUAAAUUUGUUAAAGGUGCUUGAACUUGGUAAAUUAUCUUUGUAUUUCCAUUUGCUAAGCUGCAAAAUAUCACUGGAAAAGAAUGUGCUAGGUGCUCAUAAAAAAAAAAAAAAAAAAAAAAAAAAAGUUAGAUUGAGUUAUGUUAUACAGGAUUUUUUUUUUUUUUUUGUCAAAAAGAAGCUUGAUCUCUACAACCCUGCAAAUUCUGUAUUGUAAUAUAUGGCACAAACUAGAAAAUAUUCAAACUAGACAUUAACCAAUAAGUCAUCACUAUACUCUAUCACCAUGGUAACUUUCCUAACAUUCACAGAACACUUUUUUAAUAUGUAUAUUUUUGCUCUUUUGCUUUUUCUGUCCAAUGAUUACAUUUGCCAUUAUGAAUGUUAUCUUUGCUCCACACAAGAACAGAUCACUGUAAUCACACCACAUUAAUCAUCUGUACUUCCCUACAUUAUAGAUUUGCUUUGCAUGGUUUUCUUUUGCUAACAUUGAUCAAAGAAUUCAGUUUAAAGAACUGAAUUCAACAAAGCCUAUUGUGAGGAAAAAAUUUGACGUGAUGUAAGGAUUUAGUUGAACUAAGUAUGCCAAGUUUUGGGGCAUGUUUAAGAAGAUUGUAUUUAUAGGAUGGGAUUGUAUUCUAAUGUAAAUAAACUAUACAAAUAUCAA